AUGCCUGGCACCAUUCUCAAUACGGGGACCACCGGCCUGAUCGGCUUCCAGAAAACCCAGCAAGUCCUCUUGAACCCAGCUGUACGGAAACUCCAGCCCGGUGAGCGCCUCUCCCUGGCCAUUGUCCUCGACUUCACCGUCGACGGCGGCUUCGAAUCGGCCCUCGAGGGCGUCACCCACAUCAUCCACGCCGGCUCGCCGGUGCCUGAGGUUCCUGAGGGCUACGCCAUGGACAAGAUAGUCGAACUGCACAACCCAGACGAGUUCAUCAAGAUGCAGAACCCCCACUUCACUUUGUCACACGUGGGGCCGACGUUCGUUUUCGGGGAGCGGAGGAGUGCCUGCGUUGCUGCCAUUAAGACCGCCUAUUCCGUCGGCCUUCACGUAAAUGAUAAGAGGGUCAGAUAUGGCACAUGGAAGGAGCUUUUUGGGAAAGCCGGGGAGACUUAG